AUGUCAGAAAACUGUAUAAAAAAUUGUAUGAUCGAUAAGUGUCGUAUUUGUUUAAGUAAUAGUAACAGUAUGAUUGAUAUGUUUAGACCUGAAAUAUUUAUUAAAAUUAAAGAAUUUGCGGCAUCGAUAUCCACUGUCAUUGAUAAUGACAAUGAUUUACCAAAAAACAUUUGUCACAUUUGCUUAUAUAAAUUAGAUAUGUGGGAUGACUUUAAGCAGCAGUUAAUAAAUUCAAAUCAAUUUUUGUUAAACUUGUCCGAUAGUCAUGAAUUAUCCAUCCUUGAGAAAAAUUCGGUAAACAACAUAAACAAUUUAACAAAUGAUAAUGAUCUCAUGCAAUUAGCUAAUGAAUCGUCACAAAUCAAUUCUCAACCGUUAAAAGCAUUAAAUUCUGAAGUGGCAAGUAAUAAAACUAACUUAAACAUGCUUCAAUCACAAUUUUCAUUAAAAACAUCAAAAAAUGAAACGGAAAAUUCAUCUGAAGGUAAACAAACCACAGAACUUCUAAUAAAAACUCGGUAUUCCGGUAUUAGACGUACUAAUGAGCAACGAAUGGCAUCUACGCAACGUUGGGUAGCUCGAAAGCGUGCAUUAUUAGCAGCAACUGGUGAAAAUGAUUCUGAUACAGAUUCCAUUAACUCGGAUGCAACAUUGAAAUUAUCUUCGUUGAAAAAACAUCGAAAGUCGUUUAAUUUUUCAACAAAUGAAAAUCAUCAAUUUGAACCGCAAUCUAUGCAGUCAGAAUUAGUAAUGGGUGAUGCCAUGUUUAUUAUAACAUCAAGCUUAUUUUUAUCUGAAUUAUCAAAUGUUAAUCAAUUAUCAAAUGUUCUAAAAUUACCGUCAAAUCAUGAAGGUAAUAAUAUUGUAACUCAUAAACAACAAAAUAUAGAUAUUAUGAAUGCGCUUCAACUGUGCCGUAUUGAAUCAUCUAAUAAAUAUUUGAUGGAAGACGGAAAAUUUGUUGAGCGCUGUUUAAAUAUAGAAAUUGAAGGAACUGAAUUUGAAAAAUUACAAAAUCUUCAAUUUAAAUUAGCGUCAUUUAUUGAUAAAGAUUUAAAAAAAAAAUUAAUCAAUGAAAAAGAUUGUUCUGAAGAUAUGGAUAGUGAGAAUAUUAAAUGUCGUGAACCAUUUCAAACGUUAGAGCAGCAAUUGAAAGUUAUCGUUGAAAAAUCCGUUAAAAAGAAUUUGAAUAAGUACCAGGUUAUGCAAUGUAAAACCAUUAAUAAAUUUCAUCAUAAGAAAACAUUUUCUACUGCAUUUAUUAAAGCUGCUAUGAAAUCAAAAGUUUUUCAGCCAAGGGUUUUCUUAGAUCGUCUCGAUUUGAAUUUAAUUAAUAUUGAAAACGAUAGAAAUUCUCACAAAUUACCUAAACAUUUAACAAAUUUAAAUUGUUAUAAAAAUCAAGUACAUAAUGUUGAUGAAAGAAAUAAUUAUUGCAAUGGAAAUGAUAUUAAAAUAUUAAAGAAACUUAAAGAAAAAAAAGAAUCAAUUGAUGUAAAUAACGAUGGUUUAAAUGACAAAAGACAUGUUUGUAGAGCGCACAGUGGGUCAUUUGAUCGUCAAUUAGACGUUCAUAGGAAUUUUAGUAUUCAUAAAGAACAAGUGCUAUCGGAAAAAAUUGUAAAAAAAAUAAUGCGUUGUAAAGAAUGUGAUGAAAGUGUAGAAGCUGAUUUAGUUGAAACACACAUUUGUAAAUCAUUACUAUCUAAAUAUCACCAUAAGUGUAAUAAAUGCGAUAUAAUAUUCUGUACUGAUAGUUUGUUACUAAAUCACAAAAAAAUUCAUGAAAAAGAUCAAAAAAUUUCCAAAGUUUUUACUACUGAUCUUGAAAAACUUUACUCAUGUUUCAUUUGCAAUAAAAAAUUCACAGAUGAUGAAAUAUUAAAAAAACAUUUACAGAACUAUUGUGAUGAUGCCAACAAAGAACAUGGUAACAUGAGUACAAGUAUGAAAAUGUUUCAAUGUGCCAUUUGUGGACAUACAUUAAGUACUGAAGAUAAGCUUGAAGCUCAUGUCGAACAACAUUUAUUAGAUGAUGCCGAUAAUAAUUCAAAUCUCGUAAAUAUUAUCCAAGCUAAUAGUAUAAAAGAGUCUCCAGGAAUUCAAUCUGACGUCAAACGUUCAUAUCUUCACUCUAACAAUAAAUUUGAUACCAAUGUUGAAUUAGCAUUAAAUAUACAAACACAUGAUACAAAAGACAAAAUCAUUGAAAGCUUACAAGAUGAUUUUCAAAUGCAAAAUGAAAGUAGAAUGUGUACCAUUUGCGACCUUAAUUUUAACAAUGAACAAGAAUUGCUCGAUCAUCUCAAUGUUCAUAACAAUGCUUCGUGUGUUUGUAUGCUAUGCGAUCAACCUUUUUUGACUUUAGUCGAACUACAAAAACAUGUUAAUUCUCACUAA